AUGCCAAGUGUUUGUAGCGCUCAGCGCGUAACUGUCAAACGUAGUUUACGCUACAAACGGGCCCAUGGAAAUUACACAAAUAAGGCAAAAUUAAACUUGCUUUUGAGAGAUUUAGCAAGUUCUUAUUGCUUAUCGCCUCUAAACGUCGAUAUGCAGCCAUGGCAAUCGUCUUGCUUUCACUUACGUAAACAUUUUUGGCAUUUCCCGUCUGUUCCUGCUAAAGCAUUAAGACUAUUAGCUGAACGGAACAUGUUUAAUAACAACGACGAAGAUACUUUUGUUGGAUGGACUUCUGUAGGCAAAGGUAUAGUUUACAUUCAGAUUCAUCGUCGAUCUAAAGCAGAUCAAUGCACAGGAUGUAUGUUUGCUAACCUAUGCCACAUUGAUACGGUAUUUAUUCCAGGGGCUCCUUUGCAGCAGAUGGAAUUGCCUUUGAAAGAAUGGGAAGAAACCGACAUAGAAAUGGAAAUUACACAUUGUGGUGUUUGUGGUUCAGACAUCCAUACGUUAGAUUCUGGUUGGGGCCCUACUGACUAUCCUUGCGUCGUGGGUCACGAAAUCGUAGGCAUUUGUACACGUGUGGGUAGCCAAGUAAAGCAUUUCCACAUUGGUGACCGAGUGGGUGUGGGUGCUCAAUGUGAUUCCUGUGGUGAAUGUGAAGAAUGUCAACAUGGAAAUGAAAAUAUUUGUAAGGAUGGUCUUCUUGGUCGUGGAGGAACUUAUAACGGAUUUUGGAAAACCGGCGACAAGACUUUUGGCGGAUAUGCCAAUAAGUGGAGAGGCAAUCAUCGCUUCGUCUUCAAGAUUCCUUGUAGCAUGACGAAUGAAAUAGCAGCUAGCUUCUUUUGUGCUGGCGUUACUACUUAUGCUCCCCUCAGAAAGGCCCAUGUUCAAGCCGGUGAUCGCGUCGGUGUCAUUGGCAUUGGUGGUUUAGGUCAUUUUGCAAUUCAGUGGGUUAAAGCCAUGGGUGCUGAACCGGUAGCUAUCUCUCACUCCAGUAGAAAGCGUGAGGAUGCCAAAGAAUUAGGCUGUGAAAAGUAUAUCGUUUCUGGUGAUGUGCAGGAGAUGAAGAACAACGCAAAUACUCUGACGCAUAUCAUCUGUACAAGCUUUGCUCAGCACUUUGACUGGCCUUCACAUCUUAAUUUACUACAGAACAAUGGUCAAUUCAUUAUGGUCGCCAUUCCUGAAGUGCCACUAGCUGGUAUUUCGCCUUUACUUUUGGCUGGCAAGCAAAUCAGUUUAUCCGGUUCUAUCAUUGGUUCUCCCCGUAUGAUUGAAGAUAUGUUGCGAUUCGCAGCUAUUCAUAGCGAAGUCAAGCCCUGGAUUAACAAAUAUUCACUGAAGAACUGUAAUGCAGCUGUGCAAGCUCUCAGAGACGGGAAAGCCAGAUACCGUAUCGUACUGGAAAACGAUGCUUAA